AUGAAGAAGGCGACAGGUGCUUUCUUCUUCUUCAUGGCUACUCUGGUUAUGUGGGCCGUCUCCGUCUUCUUCGAAAUACUAUUCAACAAGCGUAUCGAGCUCCUUCCACUCCUUUAUGGCUUCUCCUUUUACCAAUUCGCCAAUUGGGUUUGCCGUAAAUUCAUCUCUAGAGACCCUCUUUUGGUUAACACAUGUGUCUCUCUUCUCCAUUCUUCUAUUACCUCCACUUCAGUGAUGCUCAUUUUGGUGAAGCAGUUGCUAUCCAAUGGUUUAGAUGAGUUAUUUGAGCAUUCACAGCUAGUUAAAGCAACUUGGCCAUGGGCAUAUUCGGCAUUGUGCAUUUCGUGUGGCUAUUUCGCAUACGAUCAGUUGGAUAUGUUGUUGUAUGGGUUAUAUAGUGGUUGGAUACCCUCCAUCCUAUUGCAUCAUUUUAUUCUACUUGGAUGCUUUACUCUUGCCCUAUAUCGGAAUGUCACAAUCAACUACCUUAUUUUAACUCUAAUAUGUGAGUUGCAUUCUAUCUUUCUUCAUGUGAGGAAAGUGAGGCGGAUGGCCGGCAUACGUGAUGCCAAGAGCAAGUCUGUGAAAAUAGAAUGGUUCUUUAAUAUAAGCACCUUUUUAUUUGCACGUUUCUUGUCUCAUGUACUCAUUACUGUCAAGCUUGUAAAAGAUGCUUCCAAGUUUGAGAAAGAUCUCUUCAAGGCUUUCAGGAGGGAGAUAAACCGACAUAAUAUUCAUCAAUCGUAG